UCGACGCCAACUUCCACUAAUCUCGCGCGCUAACUCGCUUCCAAUAGUGGCCGGACAUUGCCUUCCGAUUAUUGUUCUCGCAGCCUGCUAGUUUUCCAUCGCUACGCUCGAGUUUUGACCGAAAAUUUUUGACAGCUGCCGGCAAAUGUUUCGCGGAGGUAAACAAAAGCCGUCGCGUCGCGUUGUGUGCCGUUUCGGCAGUGUCAGUGACUCUUAAGUAAGGGAUUAAGUGCUUCCUGGGGCUUCGGGCGCAACGGCCGAAGCGAUAAUGAAGGUGGAGAGGUAAGGGGUCGCAGUCGCAAUACAAGAAGAGACGAUCCUAGAAGACACACUCUGGGUGGCGAACAACAGUACUUGGCGAUGGCUGGUCAGGGAGGUCCACUGUCUAGGACUAUGGAUCUAGAGCUACAUGGUUUCGAUUGUUCUAAAGACCUAAGGGACUUUUUUCAACAGUACUUAGGUCAGCCCAGAGGAUAUCCGCCCCCCUCGAACGCGAUGCUCUUCGACGACGAUCCCGGCAUCAUGUCGGAAGUGGAGACCAGCUCGACGGGCUUCCGGAGGGGCGGCAAACAGCGUAGUUCGCUUCCUGUCGUGCGGACCCCCAGCAAAACGCUAGAACGACCAUUAGGAUUAGUUUUUCUUCAGUACCGUAAUGAAACCAAACGAGCGCUACUGCCAAACGAAAUCACAUCAAUAGACACGGUUAAGGCGUUAUUCGUAAGGUCAUUUCCAAAACAGCUCACCAUGGAGUAUCUAGAUUCGCCGAACGUAAAGAUAUAUAUCCACGACUCUUCCAAAGACAUGUUUUACGAAUUAGAAGACUUAAGAUCUCAUCUUCGAGAGAUAAGAGACCGUUCAGUCCUUCGACUAUUCGAAUCAGCCGACGUUUCGGGCGGUUUGCCGAUGGCCGGCAUCGGCAUAGCGGGGGGAGUGGGGCACUUCGAGGAUCCCAGCUACUUCUCGGAACCGGAGUUCGACUCGGAGUACCAGCACCAGCACAUCCACAAAAGCAAGACCGUUCUGUUGAAUAUUCAGCUGCAGUAUGAUUUGAAACUUAACUUCAACAUUACUUUCUGCAAUUGUGGCUGA